AUGGCAAGACCAAACAACAACAAAAACACUGCCCUUAACUACAACCACAUCCUCCAAAAAGCUCCAUCUUCUUCUUCAUCCCCUGCUUCUUACUCCUCUGUUACUCGUUCCAAUGGCCGUAUGCUCGUCCUCACCAAACCGUCCCCCAAACCCCUCAAAUCUUAUGCUGCUGCGUCCACCACUACCGCAACUACGCCUCCUCCUCCCAAGACUCCGGAUCAAGCAAUUACGGAUCCAGAUCCGAAUCAGAUCUCUCUCCGUCCCUUAGGUCAUACCGGACCUGCUUCCUCGCUUUCCUUUCCAUCUCGGACUCAGGAAUCCGAGAAAAUCGUAGCUGCUCCUCCGGCUCUGGCGUCCUUUUCACCGAAACCUGACAGGUUCGUUCCUCCGCAUCUUAGGCCAGGGUUUGUCCGGAAAGACGAGAAACCUGGACUCGCUUCUUCUUCUUCUUCGAUUCUGGGAUUGCCUCACCAGGAACAACCGCGGCAGGGAUAUUCAGGGUAUGGACACACCGGGCGACCCAAAUCGGGUGGGCAUGAGAGGAUUGGAUCCGAUCCAGAAUACUUGGGUCGACCUAGAUCGAGCGGAAACCGACCAGGCACCUCCGGAUGA